AUGGCAGAAGUUAAGAACAAGCAAGUGAUUUUGAAGGAUUAUGUUUCUGGCUUUCCUAAAGAAUCAGACCUGAACAUCAUCGACAGUACCAUAACUCUCAAGAUUCCACAAGGUUCCAACGAUGUUCUUCUUCUCAAAAAUCUAUACUUGUCUUGUGAUCCUUACAUGCGGAAUCUCAUGAACAAACCACAAGACUCUCUAUCUUCUCGUGCCUUUACUCCUCAGUCUCCGUUAGCUGGUUAUGGUGUGUCUAAAGUUCUGGAAUCUGGACAUAAAGAUUAUAAGGAAGGUGAUUUAGUAUAUGGUGUUACUAAAUGGGAAGAGUACAGCUUGAUCCCUGCAGCUCAAGUAAUUUUCAAAAUUGAGCACACUGAUGUUCCUCUUUCCUACUAUACUGGAAUUCUUGGUACACCAGGGCUUACUGCCUAUGCAGGUUUCUUUGAAUUAGGAACUCCGAAGAAAGGAGAGAAUGUUUUUGUUUCAGCUGCCUCGGGUGCUGUUGGUCAACUUGUCGGCCAAUUUGCCAAAUUGCAUGGUUGCUAUGUCGUUGGAAGUGCUGGAACUAAAGAAAAGGUGGAUCUGUUGAAGAAUAAAUUUGGAUAUGAUGAAGCCUUUAACUACAAAGAAGAACCAGACCUCAAUGCAGCUUUGAAAAGAUACUUUCCCGAAGGCAUUGACAUUUACUUUGAGAAUGUCGGAGGAAAGACACUUGAUGCUGUACUCUUGAAUAUGAGAAUCCAUGGUCGCAUACCGGUGUGUGGAAUGAUCUCACAGUACAAUCUUACGCAACACGAAGGCGUAACAAAUUUGGCACAUAUCAUAUAUAAGCGGAUUCGUAUCCAGGGUUUUAUCGUAGCUGAUUUCCAUCACCUGUAUGCCAAAUUCUGGGAGUUUAUCCUGCCUCAUGUAAGAGAAGGGAAGGCUGUGUAUGUGGAAGACAUAGCUGAGGGACUUGAGAAAGGUCCUGCCGCCUUGGUGGGAAUAUUCAGUGGUCAGAAUGUUGGUAAACAAGUGCUUGUUGUUGCUCGUGAAUAA